AAAAUUCUAUAUAAAUUAUAUACUGUUAGCCUAUAAAAAUGGUUUGUGUCAACUGGUUGUCUGCCAUUGUCUCUUCAGUCGUAACCCCAUAUUCUUCUUUAGUCAUGUAAUGGGGACAGAAUAAGCUAGUGACUCGUUUUCCCAGGGAAUCAAAGGGGAUCACUUGCCAUUGUUUAAUGAGUUUGAAUGAAUAUUUGCAGCCAGGACAUGCAGUUGACUGGAAUGAAUCAUUGAUGUUGAAGGUUUUUCCAUUAUUCAUGUACAAAUUGUAUGCAUUAUUUAAUCACACAUGAUCUCGUAUUUCUGCCCCUGACCCCCAUCGCACCUCGUGUUGGGCCACUUUAGUUUGCAGUGAAGGUUAGUAUGUAGGCAUAACCCCAGCAAUGAGGCUGGCACGUUCACCCGGAUGUAACAAGCGUGGGGGUUUUGUACUUGAAACAAAAAGAAACAUUAGACAGAAUGUUAGGGACUGUUAAUCUCAGUCAAGAUUCAUGGGAAUUAUUUAUUUAAUUGUACUUCUUUAUUUUGCCAUAUAAUCAAAAUGAAUGGUGAUUGAGGGAUGCAUAACUUAUUUACCACGGAGAAAAAAAAGAAACUCGUAUAGGCUAUGGGUAUUUAAUAACGUGGGUGAGAACAAUAUUUUGGGUUGUACUGUCUCUUUAAAUCGGCAUAAACGGCUGCUCCGUCACGCUUCACAAUGACAUAAAAACGGUGAAGCCUUUGCGUAAUCCCCUAGCGUCUUUAAAAAUCCGUUUGAGACUAAAUUCUGGGGAUUAAUUCUGUGUUAUAUAAUAAAUGUCUUAGAUGAGCCUAUUGUAACGGCUGACAUUGACGACAUAUUUCUAAAUUUAGACAUCAGGAAUUGGCAGAUUGUUGUGCGUAAUAAAAUCGCAUUGGACACUGAAUUCUAGGGAAUUAUAAAGCUAUUUUAAGUAAAGAGAGAAUGCAACGUAGGUUAUACAAGGAUAGCCGUGGUUUGAAAAAGUAUUGGAUUAUGAUGACCAAAUGUGACAGCUGCCCUUCUGAGUGCACAAAUUGUUCCUUUCAGCCAAAUCUUUCCUGUAAAUCGUUUGAAAUGGAUUAAAUGUUAAAAAUAUCGCUCUGUUUGUUUAAAUGUUUAUACGACUUAUUUAAUUCUUUACUAAAUUAGCAGACGCUUAAAGUCUGCUAAAUCAAUGUAAUAUGUAGCUAUAUUUUAAUUCAUACGAUUUUAAUAAAUAAAAUAAAAAAAUUAUUAAAAUUUUAAGCACACUGGUGUUAGUAGGCUACGGCUUAAUGCAAGUUAUAUUCAUAUUCUAAAUUGGCCUUUUUUUUUAGCUAAAUCAUGGCCGCAACUAACUGAAAAAAAUAAUCAUCACAAAUUCAAUUGCAAUAAACAGCAAUUUGUACGUAUACAUACAUCUAUAUUGGAACGUUUUAGAGCAUUAUGUUAAUAUGAUUGGGUCAGAACGUAAAAGAAUCGCUUAUUGUUUUUAACAGGUUCUUUGAAAGUAAAACAAUCCGUUCGAAAGAACCGAUUCGUGGAAAUGAGUCUGUCCUCCCAUCACUAGUGCGCUGCUUGUCUUUGGUGUGGAGCUGGAGUAGGAGAAAGAACGCUGUUAUAGACAAGAACCACGUUUUUUUUUUUGCCGUAUAUUUAGUGGAGAAAAGGAAUAUAACAAUAACUGUUUCACGCAUUCUUUGUCGGCUACUACUAGCAGUACAGAUUUUUUAACUGUGUUUAUUGCGUUGUGACCGUGUGGGGGAAAAACAGAAUUGAGUCGCAUAUGGUUUUAAGGCGAUUAAAUGCUUCUGACAGACAUUUCAGCUGCCCUGCAGACUGCGAAUAUUCUGCUGAUCUGUAAAAGUCUGUUUUUCAGUCUCAGUAGCUUACAGAAACAUUUAUGGAAUGUUCAGAGAUCUCGUUCCUCUUCUGUAGAAAGCUGAGGAUUCGUUAAUCGACGUCUUGGACAAACAUUUCACGUUUUGUAAAGCUCCAGGUAGCUCUCUUGAAUCUGUCAUCUCAUCAUGUUGCCGUCCGUAGCGAUGCUUUUACUCUUUCUGUCUCCGUCGAGGAGCUCAAGACUGUGUAGUCACCUCUGCCAGUGCUAUGAACACUCAGACCUGGUGGACUGCCAUGCCAGGGGGUUUGAGGAUAUCCCACAUGGACUUCCCCACGGCACCUGGCUCCUAGACCUGGGAGGAAACAAGCUUACGGAGAUCCGGAGUCGAGCUUUCGCUGGCCUUUGGUCUUUGCGUAUUCUAGUGCUCUCGGACAGCAGCAUCAAGUUUCUUCAUACGCAGGCUUUUUUCUCUCUGUCCUUUCUGGAGAAGCUAGACAUGAGUCGUAACAACCUCACUCAAAUCCCUCCUAAUUUCUCGGAGAACCUGUCUUCUCUGCGUGAGUUGCGGCUGGACCACAAUGCACUGGUGCUUUUGAAACCUCCAGGCCUAGAACAUCUGGAGAACCUUGAGAAGCUGGACCUCAGGCACAAUCGUAUCCAAUCUGUUGAACCCGGCGCGUUCCGUGGCCUGUCCCGCCUGCGCCACCUUUACCUCCAAGGAAACCACCUGGGUGUUGUGAGAGACGGAUCUCUCACCAUGCUGCCCGGACUGGAAGUUCUGCUCCUGGGGAACAACAACAUCUCUCGCAUCGAGGUUAAUGCACUAGCACCAUUACACAGUCUUUCUCUUUUGGGCUUGGAGGGGAAUCAUCUGGAACACCUGAACUUUAAGACAUUCCUGAGCUUGCACACAGCUGCUACACACUUGCAGUUGGCUGGGAACCCGUGGAACUGUGACUGCGACCUGCACCGUGUCUUCACCAAGCUGCUUAGUGUGCGGCACCUCCUUGUGGACGACUAUCACAACGUAACUUGUCGGGAGCCCUGGCAGCUUGCUGGAGCCUCUUUGGCUUGGGUGGACAGCCAGUUGUGUGUGGCUGAGACCGUUACUGUGUUAGUCAUCACUGCUACUGUGAUUGUGACUGUCUUUGGUGCCUUGGUCAUGGCAGAGAGAAAACGCAAGAGAAAAUACUGGGAACACAAUGAGGGAGAAGCGCAAGAGUAGUAAGGUGAUUAUACACUGUAAGCCCGAAUAAGUUGCAAAACUCAGUUAAGAAAUUCAAGGUUUAAGUAAGCAGAACUGGCAGAUUUUUAUUUUAUAAAUUUGAAUUGUUCUAACUUGUAAUGUUUGAGUACACUAAUUCAUACAUUUAACUUAAAAUUAUCAUGUAAUAUGUAAGAAAUAAGUUCAUAAAACUCAAAACAAUUAAACGGUUCAGUGUACUUAAAAUGUAUCAGUUCUGUGAACUUGGAAGAAAAAGAAAGUGCUAAAUACUCAUUAAAGUUAAUUUGACUGAACUAAAUUGUUUAAUUUAAGUUUGUCCUACUCAAACCAAUAAUUUUUUUAAGCAUUAGGGUUUACAGUGUACAGAAGGUUAGGACACUUUUCUUUUUAUUUAAACCUUGAAAAUACAGAUACAGAGGUCCAGCUUUGGCCUCUUUUCCUACACUAAUUAAAGCGAGAAACUGGACUGAUACCAUCAGUUCUCAGUUGAUGUGGUGAUGGAAAUAAAGACUCUUUAUGAUGCAAAUCUUGAACAAAAGUAUUGGUAACUUGAAUCUGAUGUAAAUCUGGGAUGUUUCAGAGUAAUAUAGAUAACUAAUUAGUUGUGUAGAUUACCGUAAUUUAGUAUAUUACCGUACAGAAGCCUCUUACAGACUUCUUCUCUUUGCCACUUGCAAACUCUUGUCAAAAGCUACCUUCAACUCUUAUCUCAUUACAUUUACAUAAAAUGGCAAGGUUAUUUUUUAUUUAUUUAAGAAGUACUUUCAGCAGUAGCUUUGCCUGCUGUGAUUUGUUCUUUCUCUUCCUUUCUCUGUCUUAACCAAACAAAUGCCUUUCCCUUAGUUCUAAUCUUGAUGUUUUAUACUGUUUUAAUCCACCUUAUUCCUACGCCCCAUGAUGCUUUGCGCGAAUUAUGGGUGUAACUUCCGUUAAGCUAAACAGUCAGUGAAAGGCUCGCUCUAUGAACGCAAUAAUACGUUUUUUUUUCAAAACUGGGUACAACGAGAUGACAUGAUUAUUCUACUCACCCUUCAAAAGGACAUUUAAACGUGUAAAAGCUAAAAGCAUCAACAAGGUACUUUCAACAGGCCAUGAAAAAGCGCAAUUCUUUCCUCAGCAAUAACGGACGGGUUAAAUAUAACUAUAGUGAUAUAUAUCUGUAUUAUGUGAUAUACGUUGCCUUAAUAAAAAUUGUUCAUGAACUUCAGCAUUGCGUGAUACUAUUUCAAAGUGAUUUCCAUCAUUUUUACAGAUAAUAAAUUGCAUUUACCUGUGAAAACAAACCUGGAAAGAGACGUGAGGCUUUGAGGAGAAAAACGAGAGAUUCUUCGUGCAUUCCAGUGAAUUAUUAAUGGGAUAUAUUGUAAAUUAUAUCGGGAGAACAGACCACAAAUGUGCAGUAUAUGUUGUCCUUUUUCAUACUAUUACAGCGGUAUGCAAAGGGACAAAAGAAAAUAAUCACGAGGAUAGAAAGCAACGACUAAAAAGAGCUCUUGCCAUAGAUAUUCUUGUUAUAACAUGUUACGUUAAAAUACCAAGCGUUACGUUAUUCCCAUGAUGUUUGAAAAUAAAACAUGAAAGAAAAAUUGACAGCUCAUUCAGUCAAACUGACGGAUAAGCUUUAUUUGUAGGGCAACCGGAUUUGUAACGAUUCGCGAUUCGUUUCAGUCUUUUUAAAUGGAAGUUCCCCAAACCGGAAGUGCAACCCAUAAUUCGAAACGCAGUAUAGUCAGGAAUAAGGUGGAUAGGAUAUGUCAAUAAUUAUGUUCCUUAUUACAAUAAAAUCUAUUAAUACAUUUAAAUUUUUAUUUCCUAGCCCCUCCUGAUAAAACUCAUCAUGUGUCUUUGUAUACUCAAAACAGACUGUUAAAUUCAUUUCGUUGGGGUUGGCUGUAAAGCCUCAAAGAUUAAAUCUCUGCAACUGCUGUCAAAGGAUUACACAUCAAUUAAUAGGCCUACGCAUGGUUCCACAAGCCCCCGUUACUGAACUUUCAAAUCAUAAUUUCAUGAUACACAUUUAGUUGCACAUGGGGAAGCCCUCUAGGUUGUUAUAUCGAUCUGUAUUAUUAAAACAUGUACAAACUAUCAAAAUUUUAUCCUCAGUUGCUUUGCUGUGAGGCUGGGUUUUAAACCACUGGAGUUUAAACAGAUUUGUGUGGAGAUUUUUGUGGACCGAGAAAGUGAGGAAAUCCAGGUCAGUGAGUGUUUGGCGCCAUAUGGAGCUCUCACUGACAGCAGCAUCAUCAGAUUACCCUCCUGACGGACAAACAGAGGAUUCUUGAGGGAAAUACCAGCUUUCGAGUUGAAUUCAUAUGGCCUAUAGUAUAAGACUCCUUAUGCUCCUUUCUGUUUGACAUAUUAUAUGGACAUACUUAGCAAAUAAUGUAAUAGGCUGUGAAGCUGACCUACAAACUAGACAGCUAAAGAUGAGACAUCAAACAAAAGUAAAUGAAUACAUCUGAUCUGACAAUUUCCUGACAUUAAGCUAAUUUCACCACAUAAGUCUUGAUGCAAAAACUUGAGAAAAUGAGAUCCAUGCAGUCCAGCAAUGAUUAUAUCAGAGAUCAAAUUUGAAUAAGGAAUAGCAAAUUUAUUAAUUAAAAAUUAUAGAGACAAACAAAUUCAUUAAGUAAUUAAUAGUUAAUAAUAAAAUCCAGAGUAUGAUAUCUAAUAGAUGAUGAAGAAUAUACAGAAAGAAGGAACAAAAUUAAGACAUUUGCAGAAUGAAAUGAGAGAUAGAAGAGAAGAAGCAGAAGCAGACGAUGCAGAAGAGAUGCGAGAAGCAAAAAGAGCAAAGAAGAAGUAAAGAAAAGCAAAGAAAAAGCUAAACUAUCAAAGACCCAGUCCGUUUUAUACCAUUAGCAUAGGGAAACUUACAUCCUACUCAAACUUAUGUUUUGGUCUAAUAAAAAAAGGCCAAAUGGAUUUAUCCAUCAUGUCAUAGACUGGUCAGAUGUCAAAAAUAGAUGAAAAUAGAUAUAGGGGUUGUUUUGACACCCUUAAGGGAAUUUUGCAGAUCUUACAUUAUCACAUGUCAGCAGGAAUAGAAAUGGACAUAUUUUGAUACAAAAGUACAUCGAGUUCAAAUGAGCAACUAAUUCCGAAAACAUCGCUUUUGCGGUAGGCUACUUGGCAGGUGUCCAAUAUCUAACCACAAACGUGUCAUCAUGACCUGUCACAUUGGAACACUUUGAAGAACAAUUGAAUAUAGCAAGCAUAGAAGAAUAACCAUAAAGGAGUACAUGAAUAUAUGAAAUCAAAAGUAAUAUUGAUAAGCCAUAACUUAUUAACAUGAAAUAUGAAUAAAAUGCAUGAAUAUGAAUAUUGACCAUUUUGGAUCCACCAAGUCUCCUACUGUAAAUGCGUAAAAAAGAUACUGUACUGUAUACUGUAAAUGUAAAAAAAAAAAAAAAAAUGUACCCUCUUAUUUUAAAGGUGCAAUGUGUAAAUUUUAUUGACAGAAAUGCAAUAUAAUGUACAUAACUAUGUUUUGAGUGGUGUAUAAAGACCUUACAUAAUGAA